CGGGGCCUCCGAAUCCAGUAGUGUGUUUUAUCUCCAGUCAGCUCAGUCGCUGUGUUUCUCCCCGGACGAGAAGAGCCGAUCUUCGGGGGACAAUCUCAUGAAAGUAGGCGGUUAGCACCGCUGCCACCGAAGGAUCAACAACAGGAUGGCGUCCCUGUGUCAUCUGCGGUGGUGCCACCAUGCUGGCAUCGCCGUCUCCCACCUCCACACCAGCAGCCGUGUCUGCGCUCAGCAGCACUACAAGAUGCUGGUCCUGGGAGGAGGAAGUGGCGGCAUAGCCAUGAGCUCUCGGAUGAAGAGGCUUUUGGGGGCCGAGAACGUUGCCGUCGUGGAGCCAUCUGAGAUGCAUUACUAUCAGCCAAUAUGGACCCUGGUUGGUGCUGGUGCAAAGACCGUAGCCUCUUCGGGACGUCCCACCGCCAGCGUCAUGCCGUCUGGAGUGAAGUGGGUGAAAACCAAGGUUCAGGAAAUAAACCCAGACACCAACACGGUCCGCACAGAGGAUGGGACGGAGAUCUCCUAUGAGUAUUUGAUUGUUGGUCUUGGGUUACAACUCCACUAUGAGAAGAUCAAAGGUCUGCCAGAAGGGUUUGAGCAUCCGAAGAUCGGGUCAAACUACUCCGUGGAAACUGUGGAGAAAACAUGGAGGGCUCUGCAGGACUUCACGGAGGGCAACGCCGUGUUCACGUUCCCCAACACGCCGGUUAAGUGUGCUGGUGCGCCUCAGAAGAUCAUGUACUUAUCAGAUGCAUUUCUCCGAAAGACUGGAAAAAGGGAAAAGGCCAAGGUUAUAUACAACACUUCGCUACCGGUGCUCUUUGGGAUCAAGAAAUAUGCCGACACACUGUGGGACAUUGUGAAGAGCCGUGACCUACAGGUGAACCUUCGCCACAACCUGGUUGAGGUGCGGGCUGACAAGCGAGAAGCUGUGUUUGAAAAUCUUGACAAACCAGGCGAAACCAAAGUUCUUGAGUAUGAAAUGCUCCAUGUUACACCACCCAUGGGGCCCAGUUCUGUGGUUAAAAGCAGUCCGCUGGCUGACGAGGUUGGCUGGCUGGAUGUCAACAAGGAAACCCUCCAACAUAACAAAUAUCCAAACGUGUUUGGGAUUGGAGACUGCACCAAUCUGCCCACGGCCAAAACCGCUGCAGCCGUCGCUGCACAGUCUGCAGUCUUGAGCAGAACCAUCAGCAAAGUUCUGAGAAUGGAGAAGCCGGAUAAGAAGUACGACGGGUACACUUCCUGUCCGUUGGUCACAAGCUACAACACGGUGGUCCUGGCAGAGUUUGACUAUGACGGACAGCCGCUGGAAACGUUCCCCAUCAACCAAGCCAAAGAAAGAAGGCUGAUGUAUUACAUGAAAGCAGAUGUGAUGCCCCACCUCUACUGGCAUGGGCUUCUCCGGGGGCUUUGGGGCGGACCAGGACCAUAUCGGAAACUCUUUCAUCUUGGGAUGAAGUAAAACCUUCCCAACAGUUUGUAUUUCCACUGUCCUAAAACAUAACAGAAAAACUAGCACAAGGAUACCAUUAUAUCAUAAUCCAUAAAAGGAUUUUAAGGGUUAUGAUGCUGCACACUUUCAACCAUAGUGGUAUUUAAUUUUUUUGCAGGAACCACAGACUUUUAAAUGUUCAGUGAUUGUUUUCAGGUGGACCUCAAUGAACCCAGAAGUCUCGACCAAAAUCCUACAGACAAACUGAAAUGAGGCUCAUCCUGCUUCUCGCUUGCAGAGAUGAUGUACGCUUCAGUUUUUGGUCGAUCCCACAAUUAUUGCUGCUGAUUAGAUGCUGCACCAGAACACCAGAGCUGUGGUUGUUGCCCAGCAGUUUAUUUCCGUUGCUGUGUUAAAGCUGCGCGUUUGUUGAGGUCAGGUAUUAUGAGCCAAAUCUUUCAUCAUGUUAGGAUUUAAUUUGGUUGGUCUGACUCUAUGUUCUUUAAGAGUUGUUUUUGGUGAUGUGAAACUACCACAAGUGCUUUUAAUUACUCUGAAUCAUUGAGUCGGACAGAUUCUCUUCAUAGUGAUUGUUCUGUGUGGUGAACAGAGUUAUUCAUAUAAUGAAAGGAUUUUCUUUUCAAUAAAGUGAUUCAUAAUAAAAAUAAAUACACAAAAUUGUGGUUCUCUUGUGCCAGUCGACAGACAAAAAUGUAUGUAUUUGCACUGUAGUUUAAACUAUAUUGGAUUUAUCAGGGAUAUUAUUUGUUUUUGCUGGGAAGUAAAAAUGGUGCUUUCCAUUGCAGGUUAAUGCACUGCUUUCAUCCAUUCCUAAUUCUAUAAUGUUCUCUUCAAAAUAAAGAUUGUAUUUUUCAGGCUUUGUAGGCAACAAAAAUGCAUAAAUACAGUGUAUUAAUAAAUAACGUUUGGUUUUGUAUGUUCACGUA